CUAUCAAAAUGGCCUGGGGAUAUCCCCUCGACCAUAAUUGAGAUUAGAAGAGAACCAGUUUUCUUGGAAACCAAAUAAAUAUGCUCUUUAUCUCUACUGCAGUUUCUUACUUUUGUUAGAAAGAAGUUACCAAGCAAAGUGGGACGACUCAAAUCGCAUUUCUUAGAGAUAUUACCUAAACCGUUCGAAGUGUUUUAAUAAGUGUUCAAUCUGGGCAAGAGGGCCUUCCAAGAAACAACAACUGUUUGUAAGGCUGGACGAAGUCAACCUGUCUUGUUUCUUUGAAAGAAGGACACUUACAAGCUACUGCAGCCAUGAAUAGAAGAAGAUGCUCAGCGAUCCUCAAAAUGCCAGUGGAUCUCUUGUAAAUUCACAUUUGGAAUCUCCACUUUCAUCUAAUAUUCUACAGCUGGAAAUUAGUGGUAUGUAUUGGAGGAACUGCACAAAAAAUGACGCCGAAAUGUCCCUGGAACACAGAGUAGACGGGGACUUCUUGAUUCGCGAUAGUGGAAUGAACAAUUGUUUAUUUACCAUUUCAAUUAAAUGUAAAAAAAGAGUGGUGCACUUGCGAACGAUAUAUUCCAAAGGGAGAUUUAGUAUCGUGGGGGAAUAUUAUGGCCAGGAACCAACGUUUUGUAGUUUUGUUGCUAUGAUUGAACAUUACAUAGAAAAAUCGAAAAGUGGGUCAAUGCUGGUUUUAUCGUCAUCGAAACAUCGCAAAUGUCACGUACAGCUACUUCGCCCGGUCAGAACUGUAUGCCCAACAUUGAAGCAUCUUUGUCGGACAAAAAUUAACCAGCUUUGUGAGAGCUCAGGAUCUCCUAAUAUUGCCAACGACCUUCCAAUGGACCUGAGGACAUAUGUCAAAGAAUAUCCUUUCAGAAUUUGAAUUUAUCGAUAUCUAAAUAUCAUGCUGUUUGAAGAAGCAAGGACAGGAGUUAUCCAGUUGACUUCUUUGCGAGUUGAAGUUUGAAGACCAUGCAUCUCUUGGUUACAAAAGACCGUUCAUCUUUUCGUCAGGGAGUUCUGAAUGAUUCUGCAAAGACUACAGUGACAAGAAGCCGUGAUAUAACGGCCAGAAAUCAUGCCGUGAUAUCAUUAUUCAUUGGUAAAUAGUUUCUUGAAACAUUCAUGCGUACACACACUUCAAUGUAAUUAUUUUUAUAGCCAUCCAUACUGUAAAUGUCAAAAUAUUGAAAUUUAACUUAUUCUUUUUGUGAGAUGAUUUUGUAGUCUUGUUUUACAAUUCAAUGUUUGUUUUACAACAUCAGAAUAGGGUUUCUAUAUGAUAAAGAAAAAUGCUCAUGAAAUAAUCAAGAAAA